GACAGGCUGUGCGCCGGCCGCUCCUCCCCGCCACCCCCUCCCCCGCCUCGGCCCUGAAGGGGCUGGAUGGGCAAGUUGGACGCGAUGGCUCGAGCCCGGGCGGCGGCGGCGGUGGCCGGAGGCGGCGGCGCCUCCUCCUCCUCGCCCCGGCGCCGGCGGUGAUCGGCGCUAGCGGCCGCGGCUCCCGAUGAGACUGUUGGCGAGCUGGCUGUGCCUGAGCCUGGCGUCCGUGUGGCUGGCGCGGAGAAUGUGGACGCUGCGGAGCCCGCUCACCCGCUCCCUGUACGUGAACAUGACGAGCGGCCCCAGCGGGCCGGCGGCGGCCGCGGGUGGCAGGAAGGAGAACCACCAGUGGUAUGUGUGCAACAGAGAGAAAUUAUGUGAAUCACUCCAGGCUGUCUUUGUUCAGAGUUAUCUUGAUCAAGGAACACAGAUCUUCUUAAACAACAGCAUUGAGAAAUCGGGCUGGCUAUUUAUCCAAUUAUAUCAUUCUUUCGUGUCAUCUGUUUUUAGCCUGUUUAUGUCUAGAACAUCUAUCAAUGGGUUACUAGGAAGAGGCUCAAUGUUCGUGUUUUCACCAGAUCAGUUUCAGAGACUGCUUAAAAUUAAUCCAGACUGGAAAACCCAUAGACUUCUUGAUUUAGGUGCUGGAGAUGGAGAAGUCACAAAAAUCAUGAGUCCUCAUUUUGAAGAAAUCUACGCCACUGAGCUUUCUGAAACUAUGAUAUGGCAGCUUCAGAAGAAGAAAUACAGAGUGCUGGGUAUAAAUGAAUGGCAGAAUACAGGGUUCCAAUAUGAUGUCAUCAGCUGCUUGAAUUUGCUGGACCGCUGUGACCAACCUCUGACUUUGUUAAAAGAUAUCAGAAGUGUCUUGGAGCCAACUAGAGGCAGAGUCAUCCUUGCCCUGGUCUUACCAUUUCAUCCCUAUGUGGAGAACGUAGGUGGCAAGUGGGAGAAACCAUCAGAAAUUUUGGAAAUCAAGGGACAGAAUUGGGAAGAACAAGUGAACAGUCUGCCUGAAGUUUUCAGCAAAGCUGGUUUUGUUAUCGAAGCGUUCACCAGACUGCCAUACCUGUGUGAAGGCGACAUGUAUAAUGACUAUUAUGUUCUGGAUGAUGCUGUCUUUGUCCUCAAACCCGUGUAAACAUGUGGAGGCCAGAGUCUUCUGAGCCCACCCCAAGAUUGCACCCUCAAGAGGAGGGUCUGCGUUCACAGUUGUGUGAUGGGAGGGCCUCUGGGGACUGCCAUUUUAACUAUCAAGUAGGAACUUAAAAACCAAAAUACUAAUUAUUUCUUUGUAGUGUGUAAAAGGAAUGUUUUUAAAAAGCAAAACCCCAACUCUUUGUGGAUUUUUAUCAGCUCUUAACUCGGAGUCACACUCCAAUGCAGGUCACCCUCCAAUGAUGAUGGAAGAUAUUUUUUAUACUUAAUUGCCGUAGGGACUCAUUCCCAGACAAAGCAAUAGUCAUGACUUCAUGGAACCAACAUGUGGAUUGUUUUUAAUACAAUGAAGACUGGCAAUAAAGCUGUCUGUUCAAUUCCAAAUAUUGGUUAUAAGGUUUAGCCACUGAUAUGCUUUCAUGUUCAGAAAUUCUGUUACUAUUCAAGAAGAUGUUUUUAAUCAUGCUAAUAAACUUUUUUGGAGAUCACUUUGGCAUCAUGUUUGAGUUAAUAUGAGGCUUCUCUGGCAUUUUUUUUUUUAAUUGCUUUGGCUUCAGGAGUAUCCAAAAUAAUAGCAGAAUGUGAUCAAUGCAGACAACUUGGACAUGUGGUGAAGGAAGGCUUCAGACAGAGGCAGAGGGAUUAUUGCAGAUUGCAUGAAAGCCAAGGCAAUCCAGACAUCCCUCCCAAGAGCAGCCGCAUUCAGAUCGGUACUUUUGGAACCACCCUGCUCCCCAGUUAAUGUUGCUUUGAGAAAUGCAAAACACCUGGUUCUGGCUAUGUGGUAACUUAAGUCCUACACUCAGAACUUUUGUUUUUCUGGACUAUCUCAGGUUCUAAGAACUGAAGCAUUCUGUUGUGUCUAUUGACAGAAUACAACCAAAAAUUGUUUUAAUUCACCUUGUUACUCUACACUUGGAUACCUCUUUCUCAGAACUUGGCUGUUCCCAAAAUCCUUAACUGAGCUUACUCUCUGACAAGAAUAUGGUUUGAUGAAGACCAUGUCAGACUCAUGCAUUCUAGAAUCCCCGAGUGCCUCCCACAAUCAACCCGAAAUGUUGCAGUAGAGGAACUCAUUAGCAAGAUCAAUAACCAUUGUAGAUAUUCCAAAGAGCAGAUCGUUUAACUCAGAAUCUAAAAUCUCAGUAAUAACAGAGAUGCCGAUUUGAGAUUGUGGUUAUUAACAAUAUGUUAUUCUCACAGCUCUGGGUCUUUUUUCAUCCAGGUGUUUCAUUAAAUAGUCUCAUUUAUAUGCUCACAGAAGUCAUCAAAUCAACAGUUACUGCAACACCUGGGUGUAAAGGCAGAUUAAAGCCUUGAGAAGAAUGGCUUUAUUAUCCAUUAAGAACAGCAAUCCCACUUCCUCACUCCAACAUCUCCCACUGUUACUGUGUAGUCAUAAUCAGAGUUGGGUUAUGUGAUUUAUGCAAAAUUGUUAUUGGAGUGUUCUAAUGAUUUUUUUCCAGGAAUUCAAAGAAGUGACAUACAAAUACUUAGCACCCUAGAUUGUAAAAAUAGAAAGAGGAAAUGAAUAAAUUUAGGUCUUGUACAGUUGGCAUUUGCUUCUUUAUGAAGUGUCAUGAUCAGAGGUUGCUGUUUAAACUGUCGAAUAAGAGUGAUGGAUGCUCAGAGGCAGGUGCCCCAAGUGUCAUUAACUUUCAAGUUGAUAGUUAAUUUCAUGGUCUUUUAAAAACAUUAACCCCAAGAAGCAGAAGCAGCACGUACACUUAUAUAUCUUAACAAUAAAAAUAGUUUCUCAGGAAAAUCUGAGGUUCUCCGAAGACCUGCUUUUUAAGAGUGCUAUUUUAUGGUGAAAAAUUAAAACCAGCAAAUGUGCUAUUUCCUAUCUGCUUUUCAAGUCUUGUCUGUGUGUCACCAUUCCACUAGGUGGCAGUGUUGCUUACUGAGUGUCAAUGGCUUCUUUUUCCUCUAAAUGGAAUGUGUUUUCUUCCCCAAAGUACAUACAAUAAAGCUGCCUUCUUGUCUGCACCA